UGGUCACUGGUGGUACUGAUGGCAUUGGAAAAGCCUAUUGCAGGGAACUUGCUGCACGUGGACUGAACAUCGUCAUCAUUAGUCGCAGCAUGGAUAAGUUAAGAGUCACUGCAGAGGAACUGGAGAAAGAUUUUGGUAUUGUCACCAGCAUCAUCCAAGCUGACUUUACAGAAGGUACCAGGGAUCUGUAUUUAAACAUAAAGGAACAACUGGGAGACAAAGAAAUAGGAAUUUUAGUCAACAAUGUAGGGGUGAUGUAUGACUACCCAAGUUUGUUUCUUGAAGUUCCUGAAACAAAAAUCUGGCAGUGUAUAAAUGUCAAUAUGAUGUCAGUAACUAUGAUGACUUAUAUCAUUCUGCCUGAGAUGGUCAAAAGGAGAAGAGGACUUGUCAUCAACAUGUCAUCCACUUCAUCCUUCUAUCCUCUUCCACUGAUGGCAGCGUACUCAGCUUCAAAGGUUAAGAAUUUUAAGCGUGAGAACAACGGUGACCAACAUCACUCUGCUGGUUACUUGGAAAGCGAGCAAGGAGUGGUGUGA